AUGUUUUGGGGUUCUAUUUUCGGUAACGAAAAAGGCCCUUGUUUAUUCUGGGAAAAAGAAUGGGGUACUAUUACAAGCGCUCGAUAUAUUGAGCGAAUUGUGCCUUUAAUUGACGGGAUGGUUAAAAUGGCUCGUGAGCAUCUUGGUGACCAUCUAAUCUUGAUGCAAGAUGCUGCCUGGGAUGCGCUGCCUAUAAGUUAUUUGGAUCAACAAAUUGAUCUAAUGCAGGAGCGCUGUCAAGCUGUUAUUGACGCACAAGGAGGAUAUACGCCUUAUUGA